CCACACUGCUGCUCAGUGCUGCCCCGAUACGGUCAGAUCUUCGGUUAUCAUGUUUUGACGGAAAAAUUGGUGAUAAAAUUAAGAGGUAAUAUUGAUUAAAGUACGGAAAAUAUCGCGAAUUUAUUAGUGUUAAUCGUUGUAAAACGGACGCAGUGAUAAAUUCUAUUAUUAUAAUACAUUCUUAUGCUACAUACAUUACGCAAGUGUUUCUAAUAGAACGCGAUAUUUUAUAGGUUAUGUUCUUAUUUGACUAUCCUGUUUAUCUAUUCUGUUUCGCGAGUUUCUGCUGUAUUUCGCGGAUUUUUUUUGGAAAUCACAACAAUUCAGUGAAGUGUUAUUAACGCAUUUGUGUGAAAACAAGUGUCUGUGAACUUAUUUAUUGAGAGUCGUUAUAAGCUAUCGGCGAAAUGGCGGAAGAAGUGCAAAGCAUCAAUCAUGAUUCCGGCAUGGAUGAGAAAUACAGGGUGUACGCGAGUAUGUCGUUUGCUGUGCUGCUGUUGGGAGUCGGUGUGCCUCUCUGGUGGUACACCACGGCGGUGCCUCGUGUCGCACUUCCUUAUGCUGAGAUCGACGAAUUGUGGGAGUUGGAUAUAAGGAUCACCACGAAGAUCACCGUCGCGGCGUUUUCGCGCAAUCGUGCCGAGUUGCUCACGCGCGAAAUCAGGCGAGCAUUCGCGAACGCUGAAAUCUAUCAGCUAGAUGUGGAGUAUCAAGUGAUUUCCAAUAGUCUGCUGGCAUCCGCUUUCACAUAUCACGAGUUCGAGAAGGUGGCUUCAACCUUUGAUCUAGACGUGGGCGGCUUGCUGUUGCUGGAAGCGACACAUCUGAAUGUUCCCGUUCUAGUCGGCUCCAAAAGAACAUUGUACUUCUCAACCGAAACCAGCGCUGCUAAAUUGAUACAAGUGCUGUCAGAAUGGAUUCUACAUGAUAAAUCAUUGGCGUUAACAAAGAAUGCGCUUGCCGAGCCUACUGUAUACAGUUUGGACGAGGAGAAUAGGAGGCGAUUCCCAGCGAGUCCGGCAUACGACAUCCUAAUUACGCUAGUUAAUCCCGAUCCUGAGAAACUGAAGGUCGUUUGGGAUCUAAAGAUGAUAACCGAAGAAUAUAUGGAGCCAUUCUUGGAUGAAUUGUCCAUCUUGAGUAAUUUCUCAGUCAAGUCGCAAUGGUUGUACCUGCUGCCGUUGGACGUGAAUCCUAAACGUGUGCCUGAUAGCAGCCCGAGUCGCAGACACUUUGCCCUGCGCGAAAGCGUUCUGCCGCAGCUCGUGACGCCGUUGGAGAAAAAAUUAGCAUCACAGGUUAGUCUCCAUCCGUGUGUCAAUUUGGUCGUCUACACUGUGCCAUGCGACAGUGCGCCCUUGCACAUCUACACCCGCAGCGGAGACAUAUCGCGAACGGACAGCAACAUAGAAGCCUUUCUUUCUCCGAGAUGGGGUGGUGUAGUUUUGAUCAACCCACCGUCAGAGGUUUGCGAGAAUGCACAGGAAAAUGAAGCCGUUACCAUCGUUCCCGAGGAAACUGCCGUAGUAGGCACGUUCCUAGCACAGCUCAGACUAUUGCUCGGCAUCCCAGAGACGAAACCUAUUAACGGAGUGACGGCGAUGCCGUUGGUGGGAUUAAGGCCGCGCGACUGGGAGAUUGAUUCCUUACUGAGGUUUCGUACCGUUGAGCAAUUGACUUCGGCGAAAUUGACCCUGCAAUCGCUGGCGCAGCUACUAGAGGAAAUCAGCAACAUUGUCAUCACGGACGUAGUGGGAAAUAGGAUUAAGUCUGCGCUCAGAUUGGUGCACGAGUCUGCCGAGUGUCUGCGACGCGGCGAUCUUGAGCGUAGUUUCAUCCUCAGCAAGGAGGCCUUUGUCACUGCCGAAGCAGCCUUCUCCGAUCCAACGCUCUUGGCGCUUCUCUAUUUUCCAGAAGAUCAGAAGUAUGCAGUGUAUAUUCCUCUGUUCCUGCCGGCGAUGAUACCGGUCUUGUUAUCGCUCAAGAAUAUACAAAGAUACUACUUUCCUCAAAAAGGUAAUAAGUAGAAUAAAAUGGCGAAGGUCGGAUAAUGAAAAGCAUUUAUCUGAUCGAUAAUACGGUGAUUACGUGUGUACAAUAAAAUGUGCUAUCGCUUGUUUAAGAUCAUUUCGACCAAAGGUAAUGUCCAGCAAUAAAAGCUAUUUCGUACUUUGUUACCACUUUUAUAGCAUAAAAAGUCAAGUUUUGUGUAUGAAGUGAUAUCGAUCAUUUAUCGUAAAAAGCUAUUAUCUAAAAGCUUUUUUUUUCUACGCAUAUAACGCUCAACGUUAUAAGCGGUAACCAUAAUCUUUAAAUAUUUUCAACACGAUGGAGAUGCAUUACGUAAAUUUAGGUGUACUCAAAGCUGACACUGUUAGUCGGGAUCAUGUAUUUUUAAUGAUCAUUAAGUAUGAAAGUAACUUUUUAAACAUUUUUACUCACCGUCGUGUGUUACCGGCAACUUUAUCGCAUCGGGAUCUCGUGCGAAGAGAAAAAACGUUGGAAAGAAACGCGUGAGAAACGGUGAUAGUUUUGUUUUAUUUUUGAAAAGAAAAUGUUGAAUGAAAUAUGUGUACGUGAAACCAUUCGUGCAAAAAAAAAAGAAGAUAUAAUAAAUGAUUUUUCUCUUGA